AAUCUUAUCAUCAGGGCUCAUUAUCUCUUCAUGUGUCUCUACCUUUAAACACAGAGGAAGGAACUCCCCAUGUCAGUGCCAACAAUAUGCCCAAGCAGGUGGAAGUGCGGAUGCACGACAGUCACCUCACCUCGGAGGAGCCGAAGCACCGGCAUCUGGGCCUGCGCUUGUGUGAAAAGCUGGGGAGUAAUCUGCUGCUCACGCUGACAGUGUUAGGUGUCAUCCUGGGGGCACUGUGUGGAGGGCUCCUUCGCUUGGCGUCUCCAAUCCACCCGGACGUGGUUAUGCUAAUAGCCUUCCCAGGGGAUAUACUCAUGAGAAUGCUGAAAAUGCUCAUCCUCCCUCUAAUCAUCUCCAGUUUAAUCACAGGGUUGUCUGGCCUGGAUGCUAAAGCCAGUGGCCGCCUAGGCACAAGAGCCAUGGUGUAUUACAUGUCCACAACCAUCAUUGCUGCUGUGCUGGGAGUCAUCCUGGUCCUGGCCAUCCACCCAGGGAAUCCCAAACUCAAGAAGCAGCUGGGGCCUGGGAAGAAGACUGAUGAGGUGUCCAGCCUGGAUGCCUUCUUGGACCUCAUUCGAAAUCUCUUCCCUGAAAACCUCGUGCAAGCUUGUUUUCAACAGAUUCAAACAGUGACAAAGAAAGUCCUGGUGGCCCCUCAGUCAGAAGAGGAGGACAAUACCACCAAUGCUGUCAUCUCCCUGUUGAACGAGACUGUGACCGAGGCACCUGAGGAGACUAAGAUGGUGAUCAAAAAGGGCCUGGAGUUCAAGGACGGGAUGAAUGUCUUAGGUCUGAUAGGGUUUUUCAUUGCUUUUGGCAUCGCCAUGGGGAAAAUGGGAGAGCAGGCCAAGCUGAUGGUGGAGUUCUUCAACAUUUUGAAUGAAAUUGUAAUGAAGUUAGUGAUCAUGAUCAUGUGGUACUCUCCCCUGGGUAUCGCCUGCUUAAUUUGUGGGAAGAUCAUCGCCAUCAAGGACUUAGAAGUGGUUGCUAGGCAACUGGGGAUGUACAUGAUAACCGUGAUCGUGGGCCUCAUCAUUCAUGGGGGCAUCUUUCUCCCCUUGAUUUACUUUCUAGUGACCAGGAAAAACCCUUUCUCAUUUUUUGCUGGCAUUUUUCAAGCUUGGAUCACUGCCCUGGGUACCGCUUCCAGUGCUGGAACUUUGCCUGUCACCUUCCGUUGCCUGGAAGAAAAUCUGGGGAUUGAUAAGCGUGUGACCAGAUUUGUCCUCCCAGUUGGAGCAACCAUUAACAUGGAUGGUACGGCCCUUUACGAAGCAGUGGCCGCCAUCUUUAUAGCCCAAAUGAAUGGCGUUGUUCUGGAUGGAGGUCAGAUUGUGACUGUCAGCCUCACAGCCACCCUGGCAAGUGUUGGCGCAGCCAGUAUCCCCAGUGCUGGGCUGGUCACCAUGCUCCUCAUUCUGACGGCCGUGGGCCUGCCAACAGAGGACAUCAGCCUGCUGGUGGCUGUGGACUGGCUGCUGGACAGGAUGAGAACUUCAGUCAAUGUCGUGGGUGAUUCUUUUGGGGCUGGGAUUGUCUAUCACCUCUCCAAAUCUGAGCUGGAUACCAUCGACUCCCAGCACCGAGUGCAUGAAGAUAUUGAAAUGACCAAGACUCAAUCCAUUUAUGAUGACAUGAAGAACCAUAGGGAAAGCAACUCUAAUCAAUGUGUCUAUGCUGCACACAACUCUGUCAUAGUAGAUGAGUGCAAGGUAACUCUGGCAGCCAACGGAAAGUCAGCCGACUGCAGUGUUGAGGAAGAGCCUUGGAAACAUGAAAAAUAA